AUGAAUUCAAGUGGAAAUGUGAAGUUGAGAAAUCUAUACCUGAAGCGGCUUGUUGGGGUCCUGAAUGCUCUGAAGAAACCUACCGCUAGCAAUCCAAGCAAUGAAGUGGAUAAAGUUGCAGGCUCAGCUCACAAUAUUAAGCUGGCAGCUGAUGUAUCGCUUGCUCUCACUGUAAACCGUGCAGCCUGGAGCCGGGCACUUCUUAAUAGAAUGAUCUCUGGCGAAAAGAAAAAGAGGAUUGCAUAUAGAAAAAUCGCGCGGCUGAGAAAGUUUCAAGCCUUAAUUGCUCACAAGGCCAGAUGCCAUUCUCGUUUGAAACGAGCCCAAAUGCACGAAUACGUGAAUUCGAAUGAAUUUAGAAGCAAGCAAAGGAAAUCAUUAUACAGAGUGUUGGGUUGCAAGAAAACGGGUUCUGCAACGUCAUCGAAUGCAAGACAAGUUAGAAAGCUGCAAAGCCUGGUUCCUGGUGGGAAAUCGAUGGACACAUCCAGCUUGCUUAGAGAAACUGCCGAUUACAUCGCUUCUCUUACAAUACAGGUAGAUGUUCUCAAAUUUCUUGUCAUUUCUGCCAAUAAUACCGAACACCCAGUUUGA